AUGGCUCCGGACGAUGAGUCGAAAAAGAGGGCCACUAGGAAGUCGACGAAGCGAUGGAAAGAAGAACAUCAAGUAGCCACGGAAAUUCCUGAGCGCUUCCGGGAAGGCGAUGAUGAGGACGAGGAUUGCACCGCCGGUCAUGCGCUGAAUAAAUCUGUGUUUGGUAUGAUCGCUGCAGCCAGCUCAAUUGUUGAUUUCAAUGCCAGAUUCGAUGCGCAAUCUAGCGACGAAGAAUAUGAUUUGGGAAAGCCAACCCGGCAAAGCUCCGAAUCACACAUAAAUCGAAGCAGUAUAGAUCAAAAGAUGGGGAAAUUUGAAGGACAUAGACGACUACUUUCCGAAAGCAAGAUACUUCGGUCCUUUUCGCGGUUCAGUUCUAGGUCCAAGUCUAAAUCAUCAAACACCAUCGCUAGAGGUAGCCGUACGCCAUCACCACUGCGUGAAUCUCGCCAGGAACCUACCUCGCCUGAGAUAAGAUAUUCACCACUUCAACCAAAAGACACACCGGUCAUGAGCAGAAUGUUGGAAGCCCGAGCAGAAUUAUCUUUGCGACCUAGUUUUGAAAUGCCUCGAAAAUCAAAAGAUCCUGCAGAAGUUGAUGAUGAGAGAACAUCACCGGAUAGUUUAGCAGAGAGGUUGAUGGAGAUCUUCAAGUUUGAAACGCCCGAAGACGUACUAGAGGAAUAUCCUUGCUGGCUGAUGAAGAGUGUUUUGCUACAAGGUUAUAUGUACAUUACUACUAAGCAUAUUUGCUUCUAUGCAUAUCUACCAAAGAAAGCCAAUGAAGUCGUCAAAUCAGGCUACCUUUCAAAAUCUGGUCGACACAACCCAAAAUACAAUAGAUAUUGGUUCCGGCUAAAAGAUGACGUUCUUUCAUACUACACCAACCCAUCGGACUUAUAUUUUCCAAGUGGUAAUAUUGACUUGAGGUACGGGAUUUCGGCAAGUAUUGUGGAAAAAGAGAAAGGGAAAGACUCUACACAUUUCACCGUCGAAACACAUCAACGUAAAUACAACUUCAAUGCGGAUAGCGCCCCUAGCGCAAAAGAAUGGGUUAAAGCCUUGCAAAAAAUCAUAUUCAGGUCUCACAACGAUGGCGACAGUGUCAAAAUAUCGUUACCUAUCGAGAAUAUCAUCGACAUUGAGGACAGUCGAAUAAUUGAUUUCGCCGAUACCUGCAAGAUACGGAUCAUUGACAACGAUGAGACUUAUGCUAUUGACGAGUACUUUUUCUCUUUCUUUACCAAUGGCAAAUUAGCAUUGAGCGUACUGAAAAUCCUUGUUGGGGAUACGGCCGCGCAGAAAAUACCAGAGGAACUUUUGUCCCCACUUUCAACAGCUGAUGAUAGCCGUGGUAGCUCCAAGCGGACGUCAUUUCAAGUGAGCCGUGACCGGAAGCUCCAUGGUCCUUCUGUACAACCCAACGCACCAGCCUUGGAGGAAACCGUCCGAGCAACUUUAUCUCCAUUGCUUGCUCCAGGGGCUGGAAGUCCUCGCGCCAGCACUGACAUGAGCCUCUCAAGCUCAGAUAUCUUUCGUAGGAGUCUGGAUAUCAAUAAGCACGGCCGACGCAGUAUCGACCUGAACCGAUUAACUACGGAACAUCACAGAAGUAAUAGUGCAAAUAGCAUCAGCACAAGACGUAGCUUGAGCACCAAUCGCUUAGAUCAAGAAAAACGUACUUCUAAGCAAGGAUCAUCGGAUUCAUAUGUGCAUUCCUUGGAGGAACCGGGGUCAUCCGAGGCUUUACCAUCAGCAAGUGACGAGACUCAAGCAUCGGCUAGUCAGAUACUGCGAGGCAGCGAUGUAUUCUUAUCCCCUACCAUACAGCACUCUCCCUCAGUGGCGUGCAACAGAAACAAAGACGAGAUUCAGGGCCCAAAGUCUCGUUCCCUCACCUCCCCGAUAAAGUCCGCUGAUGUUUCCCCGACACGAACUCAGCGGCCACAGCAUCCAAAACACGCUGCAACCACAGGUUCGGUGAGCGACUCGAAUGUUGGGCAAGCGGAGAUCUCAUCUGGCCCUUCUUUACAAAGUAUCGUUAAGGCUGGAUCGUAUCCUUUACAAAGAGCCGCAGGGUUUGCUGGCUAUCUCAAUAGACACUCCAAAAGAAUGAGCACUUUACUGGCAAGUGAGUCAAUGGGUUACGUGGAAAAGGUCUCAGGCAUGUGGAAAGGGGGCAAAAAGCACUAUGAGGAACCCCACGGAAUACCACGUGACAAUGAAAUGCCCAGCAUUGGAGACGAUGAUGAUAACCGGGAUGGUGCUACACCCGCCGACAGAUUUCGUGAUCAUUUUGCCUUACCUCCAGACGAGAAGCUUCAUGCCACAUACUUUGGCUACUUGCAGCGGGUCCUUCCGCUAUAUGGCAAAAUCUAUAUUAGUGACCGAUCUUUUUGCUUCCGCAGUCUACUACCAGGCACCCGAACUAAAUUUAUUCUUCCUUUGAAAGAUAUCGAGAACGUCGAUAAAGAGAAAGGAUUUCGUUUUGGAUACUCGGGACUUGUCAUCACUAUCCGAGGGCACGAAGAAAUUUUCUUCGAGUUCAAUCAAGCCGAGAACCGAGAUGAUUGUGCAAUAACUCUCUUGCAGAAUGUGGAGACAAUGCAGUAUAUGCAAGACUCCGGCCUUUUGACUAUGUAUGAGCGCGAAAGCGCGGAGAUGGCCGGUGCUGAACACAGAGCUUUAAUACAGGCACGACGCGGGAUCCGUUCUGAGCAUGAUAUUGAUAUGCACAAAGCAGCCGACGGUGGAUCACAGUCAAUAUCCUUCGAUGAUCCGAGAGCGUCAAUAUUGAACUUUAAGCCAACGGAACCUCUCCGUAUCACUUGCUUGACCAUCGGCUCUCGUGGUGAUGUUCAGCCUUACAUUGCUCUAUGUAAGGGUUUGAUGGCAGAAGGUCAUCAAACAAAGAUAGCUACUCACUUGGAAUUCAAGGAGUGGAUUGAGUCACACGGUAUUGAAUUUGCGCCAGUUGAUGGUGAUCCAGCCGAAUUGAUGCGGAUUUGUGUCGAAAACGGAAUGUUCACUGUCUCGUUCUUAAAAGAAGCUUCUUCGAAGUUUCGUGGUUGGAUAGAUGAUCUGCUCAGUUCAUCAUGGCGAGCCUGCCAAAAUUCUGAUAUUCUGAUUGAGAGUCCCAGCGCAAUGGCUGGAAUCCAUAUCGCGGAAGCCCUUCGAAUCCCAUAUUUCCGAGCUUUCACCAUGCCAUGGACAAGAACAAGAGCUUAUCCUCACGCAUUUGCUGUUCCUGAGCACAAGCUGGGUGGUUCUUACAACUAUGUCACUUACCUUAUGUUUGACACCGUCUUUUGGAGAGCUAUUUCCGGGCAGGUGAAUCGUUGGAGACAGAAGGAGCUAAAUCUGCAAGCCACUGGUCUGGAGAAGAUGCAGCCUAAUAAGGUUCCAUUCUUGUAUAAUUUCAGUCCUUCAGUCGUGGUACCACCUCUUGAUUACAGCGAUUGGAUUAGAGUCACAGGUUACUGGUUUUUGGAUGAAGGAGCAAACUACACACCACCCAAAGAUCUCACUGAUUUCAUAGCAAACGCGCGCGCAGAUGGCAAACGGCUUGUGUAUGUUGGGUUUGGAUCAAUCGUUGUGGCAGAUUCUGCAGUUUUGACCAAAACAGUUGUGGCGUCUGUUCUUAAAGCCGAUGUACGAUGCAUUCUGUCAAAAGGAUGGUCAGACCGCUUAGAGAAGAAAGGCGCUAAUAAUGUUGAAAUACCACUUCCACCGGAGAUAUUUCAGAUCAAAUCUGCACCGCACGACUGGCUCUUUUCUCAGGUCGAUGCAGCAGCCCAUCAUGGGGGCGCCGGCACUACUGGAGCUAGCUUGCGAGCCGGUAUUCCAACGAUCAUCAGGCCGUUCUUUGGAGAUCAAUUUUUCUUUGGUCAACGUGUUGAGGAUUUAGGUGUUGGCGUGCUGAUCAAGAAGAUCAACGUCAGCGUCUUUUCGCGGGCUCUCUGGGAGGCCACACAUAGUGAGAGGAUAAUUACAAAGGCUAGAGUUUUGGGCGAACAAAUCAGAAAAGAGAAUGGAGUCGAUACUGCGAUUCAGAGCAUAUAUCGAGACAUGGAGUACGCGAAAUCACUGAUUAAGUGCAAAGAAGGAAAGUCGGAUGAUGAUACGCUGGAAGAUUCGGAAGAAAGCUGGACAUUCAUCGGGGACGAUACCGACCCGGAACUAAUUAAACGAUUUUAUGAUUGGGAAUCGAUGGCGCACUCAGGGACUUUAAGUGACAAGAAUAUGAUGGCUUGGUCGGGCUCGGAUGUGGCAUCUGCGGCGUUGUCGCCGACCAGAAAGGCGGCUUGA